GUUAAUUGCAGUACAAACUUCUGAACUAUUUAGUGCUUCAUUUUUUUUUUUACUUUACGAUAAUUGAAAAACAAAUAGAGGCAAAAAAUAAAAAAAUAAUUAUACAAAAGAUGAACCAAACCACCAACCAUGAUCUGAACAGUUCCUUUCAUAUGUUUGGAAAAUACUAUCAAGAUAACUUGUUGAAACUAAUCUGGAAAUAUCUGGACCUGGACCCUCAUCAUAAGCUUCUCUACAUCGGAGAAAGUGGUGAAAGUUUUAUCUCAGUCUUGGAAAAGACUUCAGCUCUGUUACAGCCUGUGAUCUGGGGAGAGGAAUGCGGUGGCCCACACACAGAUAAGAAACCUAAAAGGAUAGAACAAUUGGACGAUUACAGUUUCGAUAGAGCUUUGCUUGUGAAUGCUGUGCAGUAUUUACAGAAUCCCUCUGAAACAUUCACACAAGUCCUAAACACACUACAUGCGUCUGGUAAGAUCCUGCUAGUUCAUCGGCCAGGACCUAUUACCACCUUACCAUUUUUCAGAAAGGCCAAAAAGAAGUUAGAAGAACAGGAUUAUCCCUACAUGGAAAUAUUUGAAAGCCUGAGGAAACUUGGAGCUGACGUGCAAUGGGAAAUUGAGCAUGUUCCAGUAACAAUCAAGAAGGAUGACUGGCUGUCCUCACUUGCAAUGAAAACUGCACCCAUACUUAAGCAUUUAACUGAUUAUGAAGUUGCCACAGGCCUCCAAGAGUUGACACAAGGAUGCCUAAAAUAUUCCGAGGAAACGAUGUCCUUUGAGGAUCGCCUGAUGUUCAUUAGUGCACAUAAACUGAGCAAGGAAGGUGGUGAGUAUCCCAGUAUCCAACGCUCCGGCUGUGUUCACAGUACGCCUCCACAUUCUGCAGUGUGGGACCUGCCACUCAAACUUCCCCUCACUGAAGACCUCAUCAAAUACCUCCACAAGCCUUUGAAACCAAAGAAUCUAUUUAAAAGAACACUGUGAUUGAACUGCUGUGUUGACUGUGUGCUAAAUAGACCCUUCUACAGUUUGACACUCAAAAAAUGUAAAGAAAUAGGAAUUGAAUCACCUGUGUUUUAAUCUCUGUAAUAUUGUGUUUUACCAAGGCAUUGCUCACCGAGGUUAUAGUCUAGACAGUCCUGUUUUUCUGUGAGCUCCUCAGCUGUGGUGUAAUACUUGUGACUGAUGAAUAGUUGACAAAUUAUACAAAUGAAUAAAGGUGACGGUAGGUGUUCAGUACUUCAAGUUUAACUCAUGCAAAGGAUUUGUUCCCUACUUUUUGUUGUGCUGUAUAAAUAGCCAUUUAUAUAAAAUACAUAAUUUGUGAUUUCUAUCAUAUUAUAAUCGAAGUAUACAGAAUUGCAAUUUUUUUAUAUGUGUGGUGACCUAUUGCAUUGAAAGUAUAAGGGAUUGUACUUAUUCCUAUUUUAAAUACUAAAAGUAUAAUAGUCCAACAAUGUUGUUAAUGCGUGUUCCUUCAAAAUAACUAGCCUACAUUUAACUACACUUAUGUGCUCAGGUAACUAGUGGGUUUUGUGCAUUGAUGCUGUGGAUUCCAGUAUCCAAUCCAAUAAAGCAAACAUGG